GCUCCCUGAGGAGAACGUUGUAAUUGUGGACCCGGGUCUGUCACACAAGACAAGGAUUUAGCACAUCACCUGAAUGAGAGAGCGCUAGGUCACAUGAGCAGGCAGCUUCCAUAACCUGUUUCUUCAGCAUUUUCACUCCUGCCUUGGAGAUGACUGCAAGUGUCUGCUGUGAUACUGUUGGCCUGCAUAUUUGCAAGCUAAUGCAAUAGACAGACACUGACUAACACUAUUAGAGUGCCUCAGAGGAUGCCUUGCUGUACCAGAGCAGCAGCUCUUGAAAAUGGAGAAGCUGGCUGGUUUAGAUUUAGAUUCUGUACAUUUCCCAACAGGUCUGUGGAAUAAUGGUCACUGCAAGGACUAAACAGGCAGAUGAAGGAUCUUAAACACAGCAUUGUUUCGUUUACCAUGGUCUUGCAGAUUGGAGGAAGUACAGCCCAGAAUUUCAGAGUUCUGCCUUUCAGCCUCUGACAGAACGUAUGAAGUAGCAUUGUGACAAGAUGGCUUGUGGGUGAUGUCAGACCAGGAAGGAGACACACAGGACUGGGCUCUGCCCAGGUACGAAGAAACAACGAGCUAGCGGAAGCUCUGCUCCAGGACCGAGAACGACCGGGAAAAAGAAAAAAAAAAAAAAAAGAAACCAGAAGAGAAGAAAAUAAAGAUAUUGGUAGCGGGAAAACCUUGGGCAGACCCCAUAAGUGCAUAGAAAGCAGGCUGAGGGAGCGGUGAAGUGUAGGACGAGGACCCAGGCCGUGCAGGAUGGAGAAAGAAGCUAUUCAACUGGAAAAGCAACAUGUGCACAGCGUUUAUGAGAAAACAGCCCCGUACCUCAGUGACCUGCGGUGCAAGGCCUGGCCUCGGGUAAAACAGUUUCUGCUGGAUCAGGAACCUGGAAGCCUGAUUGCUGACAUUGGUUGUGGGACUGGGAAAUACCUAAGUGUGAACAAUCAGAUCUACAACCUUGGCUGUGAUUACUGUAGCCCUCUAGUGGAGAAGGCCAGGAAGCAGGGUCAUGAAGUCUUGGUGUGUGACAACCUCCAGCUUCCCUUCAGGGACCAGGUCUUCAAUGCUGUUAUCUCCAUAGGAGUGAUCCAUCAUUUUUCAACCAAAGAACGAAGAAUCAGAGCAAUACGAGAAAUAGCUAGAACAAUAAUCCCUGGGGGCAUGGUCAUGAUAUAUGCCUGGGCCUUAGAACAAAAGCGCCGGCGUUUUGAAAAGCAGGAUGUGUUUGUUCCAUGGAACAAGGCCUUGUGCUCAAGAAACCCCUCUGAAUCUGGUGAGAAUGCCAGCAAAGAUAAACCUAUUGACAUGCAUCCAACUGUGUACUCAGAGGACUACAGCCGGACAGAUGCUUUGAGAAAGGAGAUCAGCACUAAGCGUUCAUACAGUCUAGGCAGCUACAUAUCAGUCGGAAGAUGCUGCAUUAAAAUUCCAGAAGAACAAGAGAAGAGGCUUUACAGUGGCCUGAGGAAGUCCCUCCACUCUUGGUUCUUUUCCAAAUCACUAGAUGAAUCCAGCAUGAAGAAAUACAUUGAGAAAAUGAAGCCCCUAAGGAGCUCCGAAGGGUGGGUAGACAACGCUGUUCUAGUCCAGCCUUCAAGGCACUGUAGUAUAGAUUUAGGUCAUGAUGGGUCAUUGUUAAAUGGCCAGAGCUUUGAAGAGGAUGACGUAUUUGUAGAGACCACAAACCAUGAAGAAGCACAAUGGUGGAAAGACACAGGCACUUUAAGAGAGAUGAACGCAGGGCACCAAGGAGUAGUCAACAGAAAGAAUGGCCAAGUAAAUGGGAAGCAAUAUAAGCCUACAGUUAACGGUACAAAUGAUUUAAACUCUAUGAGUAAUAGGAUCUUCCAAAGAACCUCAACACUUGAUUCCACAGACUCUAUUCUUGAUGCAAUAGACGUGGAGGAUGAACAGGACAAUCUGGUAGAUACUAAAGACUUCAUGCGUUAUUAUCAUGUUUUCAAGGAAGGGGAGCUGUCACAUCUAAUAGAAGAGAGUGUGAAUGAGCUCCAUAUAGUCAGUUCAUGCUUUGACCAUGGCAACUGGUGUGUCAUUGCAAAGAGGAAAGCACCGGGAGUCAGUGCUUUGUAAUAUGCCACACAGAAUCAGAAUGUAAUCAUAAGGCUUAUUCAUCAGCAAAAGACAGCUUAAAGCUACUAAAAGAAGGUCAAAUAAUACAUUUGUUUGAGAAGUGAUGCAAAGUGAGAAAUAAGUAUUUAUAUAAAGUCAAUUUUAUUCCUACCAUUCCUGUAUCAUUUUCAAUAUAAUUAAAUAAAACAGGUGUGUAUUGUGUACUUAUGCAGUUGUAUAUACUGGAAGGAAAAGUGAAUUGAUAAAUUAAAUACACGACUCAAACCCUGUCAAUUCUGCUUAAUUUGCUACUAUAAAUGCGUUAGAUUUGUGAAUGUUUAUUGGAUUUGUUUGGUAAUUGAUUGUUUUUAUUGUUUUAUUUUUAUUAAAAUGUUCUCAAACAGUGGUGCUACUAGGAUUAUGUUGGUCGGGGUGCAACACCCCACAAUGUUGCCAUGUGCCUCAGUUCUUCACUGGAGUCUUUGCAAACUGCUUUGGGCAGCGGAAUUAAAAAUACUCCAUGCGUCUUUGGGCUAUAUGGCUAAUCACUUAUAGAAAGCCAUUGAGCUCCCACAAAUAUGUGACACCUCAUAAAACUUAUGGGGUGCAACAAUAUUUUGUCGGGUGGACACACCCAACAAACUCCCACUUAGUGGUUCCACUGAUUAAAGUAAUUCAUCCCAUUCAUAUUAUCUGAAUGGAAAUGAUGAGACACAAUUACUAGCUAGCCAGAUAGCUUUCAAAAGUAUAUUUGCAGAAUUGAUAUUUCCAUUUCAUUGUAAUAAGUCUGGCAAUGAGUCUAAUCUUACAAGGUUAUUUUGUGGACAGGAAUCAACAUUGCACAAAUUAGCAAGUAUAUAUUGCAAUAUUUCACGAACAAGCACAAAUAUGUUGUACUCAACAAGGGUAUUACAUUUUAUUUCUUUACAACAGAUUUAAAUAUGCAGGUGGAUAGGUUAAAAGGCUCAAUGGCAAUUUAGAAAUUUGAAAGAGGGCAUUAUUGUAGAUAUCUUAUUUUUCAAUCUCUCCAUGAGAGUUUUGUAAGAUCACCCAAACCCACCUCCUAGCUAUAACACUGGUCUGUAACGGUUAUAUAUUGUACUAACCUGCUUUAAUCUACUAUAUUCUGUACCUGUGUGUAUAAGUAUUUUGUAGAUCAUUCAUUGAGACAGUUACAGUACAAAAGCUAUGAAGCUAUGCUGUAAAAUGUAACUAUACUAUAUUUGUAUGACAAAUGUUCAUUGUGACUUCUGAAGGCUGUUAUCAUAAAUAAUUUUACCCCACUAUGUGCACAAUAACUGUUCAUACCAAUCCUAAUUCUGAGAGUAAUACUAAAAUAAAUGUCACUCAAGUCAAUAACUGUAUAUUUCCCACAUGAUUUGUGUGAAUAACAAGCAGAGAAACCAGUCACAAGAAACAAUAUAAUCUGUUACACUUCUGCACCCUCUGACCUACUCAGCCAACAUGUGAGAAUCAAAAUGUCAGCGCCAGUGUAACAAGCAGUGGCUGCUCGUGACAGCUUCACAGGGCAAGUGUGUAACAGGCUGUAUGUUGUACGAAAAAGGCUUGGGAACAUUCACGACUCCAGGGGCCGGUUUUUCAAAACGUAAUUUGGAUAAUAGUGAUCCAGAUUUUGCAGUCCUACAUAUUGUGAUCGAGAUUCCUUUAAAAAAUAAUAAUAAUUUUGUAAUCGUAAUUAUUGGUAAUCAGGAUAGAAGAAGGGCUCAUUGUUGCCAGUUUAGUUUUAAAAUAUAAUCGCUACAAUGAGAGAAUAAGUGCAAUAGACACAGCACUGGUCAGACAACAAAAUUUGCAUCUUUAUAAAGAAAUAUGAAAAUAUAUAGUAUAUACCUUACAGUAUUUGCCUCUGGAGGGGAAUUAUAUAUUUUCCUUGACUGACUACCAUUUAAAAACCAUGAAUUUCCAGCCUAUCAGGAAGUGAUACGUUGAAGACCAGCUAGCCACACAAGCCAGUCGAAAAGAUCACGUAUGAAUGUUAAAACUAUUUGUUCUAGUUAUUUUCUGAGUAAGGUGUCUAUUUUCAGAAUAAUAGUUUUGACAAUGCUGACUAAAUUGAUUAAUUAAAAAAGUAAAGUAUAAAUGCUAGUUACAAUGACACUAUUCAGAACAUUUUGUUUGCUGUUUUGAUAAGCUAUACCAGUGACAAUAAAAAAACAUGCAAAGACAAAAAAAG